UCGAAUCAAAAGAACGAACCGAUCAGCGCUAAACAUAGCAAACAGCAGCCAGUCUACUAUUUAGCGCAUUUACAUUUUGGCAUUUGUGUGCUUAAUAAAAAUUCAGAAAAACUUUCAUUUCAAACCAUUAUGUGUAGAAAUUUUCCCGGUCUGCAGUUAUAUCUACUUGGGCUGCAGCGUAUGUGUCCGAAGAGCAACGUCCACGUCACAGCAGCAGAAGUAACUACACAGGGGUGUCUAGGUUCACAAACAAGAACAGUUAUUUGAAUGGCAGAGUCUCGCAUUAAUGUCACCUUAGUGCUCUGAGGAGACUCGCGUAUCCAAAUGAUGGUUACAUAGAGUUUAAUGCUACCAGAUUUUUGUUUUUCGAGGACUAUGUAAACUGAGUGUUUAGCUGUGCCUUGUCGGAUCCGGGUUGUCCAGGAGGAUGGCGUGCCCGACGCAGUGCCUCUACAGGGCGCUGCGCACCGUGGGCCUGGUGCUCUUCUACUAUGUGUUUUCCAUUGGCAUAACAUUCUACAACAAGUGGCUCAUGAGGGACUUCCACUUUCCUCUGUUCAUGACGCUGGUCCAUUUCGUAAUAAUUUUCAGUUUCUCCACACUGACACGCUUUGCCAUGCAAUGCUGGACGGGAAAGCCUCGAGUGACACUUCCCUGGAAGGUUUACCUUUCUAAAGUGGCCCCGACAGCCCUGGCAACAACGCUGGAUAUCGGAUUGUCCAACUGGAGCUUCCUUUUCAUCACUAUUAGUUUGUACACCAUGACCAAGUCUUCAGCUGUUCUCUUCAUUCUCUUUUUCUCUCUGGUCUUCAAACUGGAGGAGCCGAACCCAUUCCUUAUCCUCGUGGUGUUGCUGAUAGCCAGUGGUCUGUUCAUGUUCACUCUGAAGUCCACUCAGUUUAAUCUGGAGGGCUUCAUCAUGGUCCUGUUGGCCUCUUUCAUCGGAGGGAUCCGCUGGACUCUUACUCAAGUGCUUAUGCAGAAAGCAGAGCUUGGCCUUCAGAACCCCAUAGACACUAUGUACCAUCUGCAGCCUCUCAUGUUCCUUGGCCUCUUUCCUCUGUUUCUUCUUAAUGAGGGGCUGAGUGUGAGUACCACAGAGAAGCUCUUCAGGGUCAGUGAGCUCUCCCACCUGCUCUACUCUCUGGUGACUCUGUCUGUGGGUGGAAUGCUGGCAUUUGGGCUGGGCUUCUCUGAGUUCCUGCUGGUGUCCCGCACCUCCAGUCUGACGCUAUCUAUUGCAGGCAUUUUUAAGGAGGUGUGCACUCUGCUGCUGGCAGUGGAGUUCAUGGGGGAUAAAAUGAGCACAGUCAACUGGUUGGGCUUUGCUGUGUGUCUGUCUGGCAUAUCACUGCAUGUUGGUCUCAAAACAUACUACAACAAAGGAAAUGGACCCAUGGUAAGACAACUACCAGUCAGAGACAACCCGGACCUUGAGCUUCCACUUCUACAGACAAAAGAAGACUAUUGUGAAGACACAAAUGAUGAAGAGGAGCAAGAGAUCCUUUAUUAGUUCCAGGAUGACAUGAAUAUCCUAAAUAGACUUGUGGAAUGUUUUCUCUUAAAGGCUUACGUGAAUGGUCACAUUGAUCACAGGUACUCAACCAGCCCCAGACAUGAUAUGAAUGAUCUUUGCUCUUGGGAAGACAGGACUCUAAAAGAAACUGGGUGGGUUAGUUCAUCCGAACAUUUCACUUCAGUCAUCAUUUCCUCACCCCCAUGCUGCUCCAAACCUGUAUGACUUUUUUUCUUUUUCUGUGGAACACAAAAGGAAUGUCUUCCAUACAAUUAAAAUGGAUGGAGACCAAGGGCUGUCAAAAAAGAUAAAAUGAUCGUUUAUUUACUCUGAAGAAAAAGUCAUAUGGGUUUUGGAAGACAAAUGGGUGAGUAAGUUUGACAGAAUUUUAAUUUAUAGGUGAAAUAUAACUUCAAAACUGCUGGUGGCAUUGAUCUCAGCACAGGACCAAUCUCCAAGUGGCCUUAAACAUUUGUUUACAUGGCAAUAAAGGAUUUAUUUUACUAAAUAUCAAUUCUGUUUCACUUGCCCACAAUAAUUGCUUCACUAAUUAUAAUAUAGA